AUGCCUGGAACUGUAAGAACACAAAGUAAAGACACCCAAGAAAGUAUUUCCAAGUCACUGUUGCAAGCUGCACAGACAGAAAGAGCUGCACAGACAGAAAGAGCUGCACAGACAGAAAGAGCUGCACAGACAGAAAGAGCUGCACAGACAGAAAGAGCUGCACAGACAGAAAGAGCUGCACAGACAGAAAGAGCUGCACAGACAGAAAGAGCUGCACAGACAGAAAGAGCUGCACAGACAGAAAGAGCUGCACAGACAGAAAGAGCUGCACAGACAGAAAGAGCUGCACAGACAGAAAGAGCUGCACAGACAGAAAGAGCUGCACAGACAGAAAGAGCUGCACAGACAGAAAGAGCUGCACAGACAGAAAGAGCUGCACAGACAGAAAGAGCUGCACAGACAGAAAGAGCUGCACAGACAGAAAGAGCUGCACAGACAGAAAGAGCUGCACAGACAGAAAGAGCUGCACAGACAGAAAGAGCUGCACAGACAGAAAGAGCUGCACAGACAGAAAGAGCUGCACAGACAGAAAGAGCUGCACAGACAGAAAGAGCUGCACAGACAGAAAGAGCUGCACAGACAGAAAGAGCUGCACAGACAGAAAGAGCUGCACAGACAGAAAGAGCUGCACAGACAGAAAGAGCUGCACAGACAGAAAGAGCUGCACAGACAGAAAGAGCUGCACAGACAGAAAGAGCUGCACAGACAGAAAGAGCUGCACAGACAGAAAGAGCUGCACAGACAGAAAGAGCUGCACAGACAGAAAGAGCUGCACAGACAGAAAGAGCUGCACAGACAGAAAGAGCUGCACAGACAGAAAGAGCUGCACAGACAGAAAGAGCUGCACAGACAGAAAGAGCUGCACAGACAGAAAGAGCUGCACAGACAGAAAGAGCUGCACAGACAGAAAGAGCUGCACAGACAGAAAGAGCUGCACAGACAGAAAGAUCACGACAACAAUUAAAAGUUUAUGAUUACCAGUGA